UCGUGCCUUAUAACCUGUCACGUCUAAUUGCAGAGCAAAGAUGACCACCGAAGCCAACGACGUCGUUUCACCCAAACUCUCAACCACAUCUCCGCCACCAGCCACCGCCACCGCCACGCUCACCGGCGGCGGCUUGAUCAUAUCAAAUACCGAUGCCAUCCGAUCGUUUAUCACCGGAGCCUCCACGGACUCCCACCUAUCGGAAGAUCUAAGAGACAUUGCCUCGUCGCUUAUUGCGCAGUCAACCGUACCCUACCGUUCCCUCAAAGCGAUCUGGUUCGGAUCCGAAUGUGAAACCCGACCCAAUUUAUCAUCUCUCCUCAACGGUUGCAAUUUCAUCUUUACCAGCCCCAAGCCCAGGGAAAAGAGUGAGGAGUUGAAGGUGAGAUUGAGAAAGCUAGAGGAAGCGGCGGAGAGGAAGGCUUACCAGGAAUUGGUGAAGGACAUUACUCCGAGAAAGCCCGUGGAGGAGCCUUUUUCUUCGUACAAGGAUCAAAUUGGAUUCGGGUUACACGUUGUGGUUACGAUGUUCACGGGAUACUUAGUUGGAUUUGCAGCAUUCAGAGCUUUGUUUAGUCGCAGUCCUGUUAUGAGUGCAGCUGGAGGCAUACUUGGUUUGGUCAUCGCCAUGCUGGUUGAGACACUGUUGUUUAUACUCAGAUCGUCUGACAAAGAUCGGCCACCUCCUUCUAAUACUUCCUCUUCUUCCACUUGGAAGAUAAAGAAGAAUCAAUAGGCUUCGAGACGAAAGAUUGUUUUGUUACUUAUAGUAUUUAGAAACAUUUACACAUGUUAUUAGCUAAUGUCUAAAUGUAAAGUUAAUACCUGUAAGAAGUGUAGACUUGCAGCUGGAAGAUUCUGGAAGCUUCCGAGUGGAACUGCUCUGAGUGACGAAAGUUUUCGUAGGGUUAAUUUUUAUUUUUAUAUUUAUUUUUAUUUUGAUAUUUUUUAAAAAUAUUUCUUUGAAAGUUUUGGUAAUAAGAUGUGUUUGUGAUACAGAAUGAGGUUUUGGUAAUACAUUUCUUUUAUUAUUA